CUGGAAAAAUCUUUAUCAGAAAGAGGAGAAGCGAAGGUGGGCGCACCUUGCGAGCACAGAAGAAUGUUAUGAAAUGCCCUUCAUGUUCAAUUGACAUAGCUGAAUUUCUUCAGAACCCAGAGGUUAACAGACACAUGAUGAGCGCGAUAGAAACCCUCCUCCGCGAGGCUGAGAUAGAAGAGAGUUCUGAAGUGUCCAAUGACAAAAAUAAUGAAAAUAUAGAGACUGUGAAUGAUGAUGAUGGGACAGAAGUUUCAAAGCAUUGUGAUUCAGGUGAGAAUGUCCUAGAGGAGAUCAAGGACAAUGAUUUGAAUCAGCCACACAAGCGCAGAAAGGGUACUGGUGAUUCAGCUAUUGUGAACAGUGAGGAGCAAAUCGAUGUGGCAAUAGAUUAGAUUGGAG